AACCUGUCUUCUUAGCGCCGCUUCUCUCUUUUUUCACAUAAAAAGGAAAACCAAAACCCUGGCCUCCAAACACCAACAGCAAACACAAAUUUAGGGUUUUUGUUUUCCUCAUCAUCCACAGUCUUCGAUUGAAGAUGUCUCAGUCACUGGAAUUGCUAUUGAUACAAUUCUUGAUGCCAGAUAAUGAUGCAAGAAGACAAGCAGAAGAUCAAAUAAAACGAUUAGCAAAAGAUCCACAAGUAAUACCAGCUUUGAUUCAUCAUCUAAGAACUGCUAAAACACCUAAUGUUAGACAACUAUCUGCUGUUCUUCUUCGUAAGAAAAUUACUGGUCAUUGGGCUAAACUUACUCCUCAGUUGCGUCAAUUGGUCAAGUCUUCUUUAAUCGAAAGCAUUACUAUUGAACACAGUCCUCCAGUAAGACGAGCGAGUGCGAAUGUGGUCAGUAUCAUUGCUAAGUAUGCUGUACCAACUGGGGAAUGGCCGGAUUUGUUACCGUUUUUGUUUCAAUGCAUUCAAAGUCCUCAUGAAGACCACAGAGAAGUGGCAUUAAUCCUAUUCAGCUCUUUAACCGAAACGAUUGGAAAUACAUUUCAAGCACAUUUUUCAGAACUGCAAUCUCUACUAUUAAAGUGCCUUCAAGAUGAGACCAGCACACGAGUCAGAGUCGCUGCUCUCAAGGCAGUAGGAUCCUUUCUAGAGUUCGUCCAUGAUGGGAGUGAAGUGGUAAAAUUUCGAGAAUUUAUUCCCUGCAUCUUGAAUGUAUCGCGGCAAUGUCUUGCCAAUGGUGAAGAAGAUGUUGCAUCGCUUGCAUUUGAAAUUUUUGAUGAAGUCAUUGAAUCUCCCGCACCUCUUCUUGGAGAAUCUGUAAAAUCUAUAGUAGAGUUUUCUCUUGAAGUUUGCUCAAGUCAAACUUUGGAACCAAGUAUUCGGCAUCAGGCUAUUCAGAUUAUUUCAUGGCUUGCAAAGUAUAAACCGACUUCCCUUAAGAAACACAAGUUAGUUAUCCCAAUACUGCAAGUCAUGUGCCCUUUAUUUGCAGAAGCAGGCGAGGGAGAUGAAGAUGAUGAUCUUGCAGCGGAUCGAGCUGCUGCUGAAGUCAUUGAUACAAUGGCUGUAAACAUCCCAAAGCUUGUUUUCCCACCAGUUUUUGAAUUUUCUUCACUGAACAUUCAAAGCCCAAACCCCAAACAUCGGGAAGCAUCCGUGACAGCCUUGGGUGUUAUUUCAGAGGGUUGUUAUGAGUUAAUGAAAGAUAAGCUGGAACAUAUUCUUCCUAUUGUCUUAAAUGCCUUAAAGGAUCAAGAACAGAUGAUCAGAGGUGCUGCAUCAUUUGCAUUGGGUCAAUUUGCGGAGCAUUUGCAGCCUGAGAUUAUAUCUCAUUAUGAAAGCGUUCUUCCUUGUAUAUUAAAUUCCCUUGAGGAUGCAUCUGAGGAAGUGAAGGAGAAGUCAUACUAUGCUUUGGCGGCAUUUUGUGAGAACAUGGGAGAAGAAAUCCUUCCUUUCCUUGAACCCUUGAUGGGGAGGUUGCUUCAAGCCCUCCAAAAUAGUGCUCGCAAUCUUCAAGAGACGUGCAUGUCCGCUAUUGGUUCAGUAGCAGUUGCGGCAGAGCAAGACUUUAUUCCAUAUGCCGAGAAGGUUCUGGAGUUGAUGAAAAUUUUCAUGGUGCUUUCCAAAGACGAGGACCUAUGUUCCCGUGCAAGGGCUACAGAGCUAGUUGGAAUAGUUGCAAUGGCAGUUGGAAGACAGAGGAUGGAGCCCAUCUUACCCCCGUUUAUUGAAGCUGCAAUUUCUGGUUUUGCGUUGGAGUUCAGUGAGCUUCGUGAAUACACCCAUGGAUUCUUCAGCAAUGUUGCUGAAAUUCUGGAUGAUGGUUUUGUGCAGUACCUUCCACAUGUUGUACCUCUGGCAUUUGCAUCGUGUAAUCUUGAUGAUGGUUCUUCAGUGGUUAUUGAUGAGUCUGAUGGUGAUGAGAACAUUAAUGGGUUUGGUGGAGUGUCAUCUGAUGAUGAUGCCCAUGAUGAACCAAGAGUCCGCAAUAUUAGUGUAAGAACGGGAGUUUUGGAUGAAAAGGCAGCAGCAACUCAGGCCAUUGGUUUAUUUGCCUUACAUACUAAGAGUGCAUAUGCACCAUACUUGGAGGAAUCUCUGAAGAUUGUGGUAAGACAUUCUAGUUAUUUCCACGAAGAUGUUCGUCUACAGGCUAUCACGGCUUUGAAAUGUAUGUUGACAGCAGCACAGAUGGUGUACCAGUCACAUAAUGAAGGGCCACUAAAAGCUAGGGAAGUUCUUGAUACUGUAAUGAAUAUUUACAUCAAGACGAUGACCGACGAUGAUGAUAAGGAAGUUGUUGCCCAAGCAUGCACAAGUGUAGCUGACAUUAUCAAGGAUUGCGGGUACAUGGCUAUUGAGCCUUAUAUGGCUCAGCUUGUUGAUGCAACUGUGGUACUACUUCAAGAAAAAUCAGCCUGUCAGCAAGUAGAUUCUGAUAGUGAAGAUGAACUCGACACUGAUCAUGAUGACGUACUUAUGGAUGCUGUAUCUGACCUAUUACCUGCAUUUGCAAAGUCCAUGGGACCUCAUUUUGGACCAAUCUUUCCAAAGUUGUUUGAACCUUUAAUGAAAUUCGCGAAAUCGGUACGGCCUCCACCAGAUCGGACCAUGGUGGUUGCUUGCCUUGCAGAAGUUGCUCAGGCAAUGGGUGCUCCAAUUGCUGCCUACGUUGAUACGCUGAUGCCCUUGGUCCUGAAAGAACUAGCAUCAUCUGAAGCAACUAACAGGAGGAAUGCAGCAUUUUGUGUUGGGGAGCUUUGCAAAAAUGGCGGGGAGCCAGCUUUGAAAUAUUACGGUGAUGUACUUCGUGCGCUAUACCUAAUGUUUGGAGAUUCUGAGCCGGAUUAUGCUGUCAGAGAUAAUGCAGCUGGUGCAAUUGCAAGGAUGAUAAUGGUCCAACCUGAUUGUAUACCUUUGAAUCAGGUUCUCCCUGUUUUCCUGAAAUCCCUGCCACUGAAAGAGGAUCAAGAGGAGUCAUUGGCUGUUUAUAGCUGCAUCUGUAAUCUUGUUUUUACAUCAAACCCUCAGAUCCUGCCUCUUGUCCCUGAUUUGGUCAAUGUUUUCGCGCAAGUUGUGGUGUCUCCUGCUGAGACACCUGAAGUUAAAGCUCUAGUUGGCAGGACUUUCGCUCACUUAAUAUCCCUCUACGGUCAUCAAAUGCAACCCAUUCUGAGCAAUCUUUCACCUACACAUGCUAAUGCGUUGGCUGCUUUUGCACCAAAAAGUUGACAAAUUUCCAGGGCAGCAUGCGCAGCUUGUUUUCUUAGAUUCUUUCUGGUGGAUUUUAGAGAUAUAGGAUUCCCUGCACUUAAUAGUGAUUUGUUGUGCUUGUGAAGUGGGAGUUAAAAUGUGGAUCAACCUCAAACCGAGAUCGUGGCCCACAAAAAAGGUUUACCAUUUACAUUGUCUUCAUUUUUGCCCCUAUGAAGACAUGGUUUCAUUUUCUUAUUACUUUUUUACUUAUAUUGUUUGCCAUUUGUUAUUUUCCUUUUUCCUUCAAGUGGUCUGUGUGGUAUUCAUUUUUAUUUUGGCAUGACAACGGUUGGCUGUAUGACAUGGAUUGGGAGUUCUUGUUGUGAGAUAAAAGUGGAUGAUGUAAAUCAGCUUCCUUCCAAUUCGUUUGUUAUAUUAUAUCAAUAUUUCAUAAUUAUAUCAUGUAUAGACAUAUCAGAUAAUAUUCAUGAAAUUUGGAUUUUGCUGUA